GGUCUACUUGAACUCACUUACAGAUGGAGAGACCCAGCCGCUAGUUAACAGUCUAGUCAAACCGACGUGACAGCAGCACAACCAAAGCGCCGCAACUUUCCCAAGGCAUAUGUUGAGAGCUCAGGCUUUAGUGUAAUCAUAUAUUCCUGUGAGGUGAUCUGACGUACCGUUUUUUCCACGCAUCUUCCCCAGUGUGAGUGUGCGCGCGUCCAGCCCUUCGGCUCCAUGACGGGACUGUGUGCGCUCUGCCUGACCGCGCUGCUCGCAGCAUUCGCCAGACUGGCUGAAAGCGUCAGCCCUGUGGUCCGCUGCGAGCCAUGUGACGACGGGGCAAUGGUGCUGUGUAAACCGCUGCCCCGGGACUGCGCCGAGCCGGUAAAGGAACCGGGCUGCGGGUGCUGCAUGACUUGCCCGCUGACCGAGGGCCAGGCGUGCGGAGUGUACACGGGGCGCUGCGGUACCGGGCUGAGCUGUCAACAUCGCCCAGGGGAGAGCAAACCUCUGCAGGCUCUGCUGGAGGGUCGGGGCGUGUGUGCGGACAAAAAGCACAGCGGCAAUCCAUCGCACGGACAAGAUAACCCUGAGGAGGAAGGAAGGGAAACUGUGUUCAAUGAUACCAGGACAACAGGCGCAGGGGUUGCUGAGACAGUCCAGGACACGACAACUGUUUCCGGGGACAUACCGGGAGGGCAGAGGAAUGAAAUAAAGCCCAUAGAUCAUAUGCCACACCCCAAAGAAGUGAUUAUUAAAAAAAAUCAAAACAAGAAAAGUCAGAUCUUUAAAGGAGAACCAGUUUCCAUUGCAGUUCAUACAGAUAUUCACAACUUCAGUCUGGAGUCAAAGGGAGAAACUGAAUAUGGCCCUUGUCGUCGGAAGAUGGAGAGUGUUAUGAAGACUUUUAAGAUCUCAAAUGUGCUGAACCCAGGAGGCUUCCACAUUCCAAACUGUGACCAAAAGGGUUUCUACAAGAAAAAAACAGUGCAGUCCAUCCAAAGGGCGCAGAAGAGGUUACUGCUGGUGCGUAGACAAGUAUGGACAAUCCAUACCCGGCUUUGAUGGAAAGGAGAAAGUCCACUGUAUUAGCAUGGAGUCAAAGUGAAGAGAAGGGAGAGGCAGAGCGGUGGAAACAGGGAGACAAAGAGGGAUAUCUCCCCUGAAGAACCACAUGAAUACAAAUUCUAAAGUGCUGUCCCAAAGCUGACCUCCCACUUGUAUGCUGAGGCAUGGACUCACGUGACCAGCAACUCACUUUACACUUCAGGAGAGUGGGGAGAAUGAGAAGAGGAGACAGAGAGAGUGUCAUCAUGUCUUCAGUUCUGGAGUGUAUCCUGAGAGGGAAAUGUGAACAUAGUCAAAAGUGCAAGCGAAUUUAUAACUCCGUAAUGGUACGCUAAGUCUGAGCAUGUGUACUCUUGUGUACGUGAGGGAUGUUGUGUACUUGUUCCUUCUCUGUUCUGCUGCAGCGUGUAUCGCUCUCUGCCAGCGGCUCUCUCUUAGUCCCACUUCCUGUUUCUGCCCUCCUGGUGUAGGGUCGUUUAAACUGGGCAUGCUCCGUGGCACUAGGCGGCUCUAGCCAUCGACUCCAUCUGAAGCACAAGCACUUCAUGCACUUUGGCCCCUGCUGAACACGUACUCCAGCCUGUUACUACGGCCAACAGAUAAAUAAAACAAUUCGUCCAAUUGUAAACGAUUCUAUACCAGGACAUACUUAGGUGAACACCCUUUUUUUUUUAAAGUAUAUUAUCUUAUAUUGGACAUAUAGCUGUUAGCUUGUGUCACCAGGACAGCAGUGAUAUGCUCCGCGUGGGCCUUAUCUCACCUUCAAAACAUCAUGAAGCACAGUCGCUCAGUAUCAUUGUCUAUCACAUUUCUAAACGUUUGCUGCAAGCAUGUAUCUUGCGCGACAUCUUGUUUAUGGGUUUGAAUGUAACCGUAACGCUACAGUGCCCUGAAUUACCGCUGAGAAAUCAGCAUAGCUAUGGCAGUUUGUGAAAUCGAUGCCUUAACAAAACCUGCGCGGAAAUGUGUCGCAUGGGUUUUUUCACCCUCUGUCUCUCUAAACAUCGAUAUCAAUCCCAGUAGGAAAGCUACAGGCUAACAUGGCAGCCAUGUUGGAUAACCAGGGCUUGUGUUGUUUUCUCAAAACUGACCUCCUGAGAAAAGACUUGAAAGGUGGAGGGUGCCAGAGAGGUAGCCCACACGUUAGCUCGUUAGCAUAGCAUCGACAAAAAGCUCACCCCUUUCCCAACAGCUAAACAAAAGACAAACAAAAAUGUUUGGUGCUACACCUUAUCUGACUUGAUUAUGGGGAAAGAGUAUGCUAAGCUAUAAACCCUUCCUUACCUUGUAAUUAUGACUUGUAAACAUUUUUUAUAUGAAUAGAUAUUUUGCUUCAGGCCAGCUAAAUGUCUAAAGAGGCAUGUGAACUUUGUGCUAAAAAGAUUAUUUAUCCAAGAAAGAAAUAUAAGCUGAUCCAAACUAUGUCUUUGAGAACAAUUCAAUGACCUGUUGAUUGCACAGUAGUGAAACAUAGAACUCAGCAUAUUUUUGGGAAUAUAAUCACUAAAGUCUUUUGUUUUGUUUUAGAUUUGUUGUUUAUCUACAGAGCUGAGUACAAUGUGUCAUUUGUUAGCUUAGCAAAGACGCUGUCCUCGAAUCGUUUUGUUUAAAAACUCUUUAGUUUGAAUCUUCAGGUUAUGUAGGCCUUUCUAUGGUAUGAAUUAAGCUAAAUCUAAGCUUAACUUUAGCUAACCUAAGCUAAACUAAGCUUAAGUAAAGUGAACGCUAAGAAUAAGUAAAGCUGAGGCCAAGCUUGUGUUACAAAGAACAUCAAGGUCAAUGUUCAAGCCAGUUGAUCUUCAAGAAAGCUUGCCAUCCUCAUUCUGUGCAAUGCCAGGGUCUCUCGCCCGCAAGUCACUUUUAAAGAUCCCUCCGUUCACGGGUAAUUGCUUUUUUUUUCUUUCAUUUAAAAUGUUUAUUAUUUUAAAAGCUUUUUAUGUUACUAAACUACUAAAAUUAUACAGCUAUCUCUUCCUUCAAGAAAGGAAAUGUUUUGGUUCAAAUAUAAUUUGUAUUUAAUGUCUUUUUUUUUUAAAUAAAAAAUGUAAACACAU